UUCUAUUGACCCUCGUGCAGUCGCUGUACCUACUGGUCAAUGAGACCCCUGGUCGGUUGACAACGGCCUCGGAGCCAACAAAGGGCCUACUGUGGUGGGGGCUGCUAGUGGGGCAGGGUCGACCGAUUGAUUUCAAGGUCCCCGCCGGCGGCAUGCGAACUUGCGACAACGGUACACUCAAGCCCAACCGGAGGGGAAAACCUUGGCAGAGUUCUCCUCGACUCCGACCGCCGACCCCUGACACAAUCUCUUAGCCGUGUUUACUGGAGCUAUCUUGGCCGAACCAUGGCCGACGGCGCAAGUCCUCCCAAACCAACCCACCUCGAUCCCUCCGAGCUGGGCACAAAGCAGUACUGGGACGCAAUCUACGCCACCGAGCUGACCAACCACGCGUCCAACCCGCGCGAGGAAGGCACCAUCUGGUUCGACGACUCCGACGCCGAGGCCAAGAUAUGCGACUUCCUCGACGGGCUCGCCGCCGCCACCACCACAACCGGAACCCUUCCUCCUCCUCUGACUCCGAGUGGUAGCACGAGCACAAGUAGCACACAACCACCCCCCAGGCUCGACAAGUCCACGGCCACGAUCCUCGACCUCGGUUGCGGCAACGGCUCCCUGCUGCUCUCGCUCCGCGCCGCCGGCUGGCGCGGCCGCCUCCUCGGCGUCGACUACAGCGCCGCCAGCGUCGCGCUGGCGAGGCGGGUCGCCGCCUCGCGGGUUGACGACGACGACGACGACGACGACGAUGACGACGGCGACAACCACUCGGUGGUAGAGGGAUCAUCGGCGCCGCCCGUCGAGUUCGAGGUGUGGGACAUCCUCGCCGGCCCGCUGGACGCGGUGCGCGCCCGCGCGCCCGAGCCAGGGCCGGAACAAGCAGCAGCAGGUGGCGAAGAAGAAGAAAGAGACCGAGACCCAACAGCGGGCUGGGACGUAGUCCUGGACAAGGGCACCUUCGACGCCAUCAGCCUGAGCGACGAGCGGGAUGCGGCAGGGCGGCGCGUGUGCGAGGGGUACCGAGCGCGGGUGCGCAGCCUGCUGCGUCCGGGGGGCGGGCUCUUCCUCGUCACGAGCUGCAACUGGACCGAGGCGGAGCUGGGGGUUUGGUUUGGGGAGGCCGGGGUAAGGGGGGAGGAGGACGGGCGGCACCUCGAGGAGGUCGGGAGGAUCAAGUACCCGAGCUUCAGCUUUGGCGGCGUCAAGGGGCAGGCUAUUAGCUCUGUUUGCUUCGCGAGGCCGAGGUGACGGGCGCGGGGGGUUGGUUGGUUGGCCUUUGGGAGUGCGGCGUGGGUGAUUGAUUCUUGACACCCCACCGUUGGCGAAGGGGAGACGGUGCUCAUUGUUGAUGGUUUACUUAGACGAAGCUCCCUUGUUGGGAUAUGCCGUACCAGAUCCAGCGGGAAGCCCGAGAAUCGGUUCCCAGAGACAUGGGGAACGAGAGAUAGAUAAAAGAAGAGGAAAUAAAUCAAC